AGUGAAAUUCAGCAGAAAGUCGAGAGGAAUCGGCAUCGUUUUUUCGUAUUUUGUGCAUACAAGCAGGACAGCGACUGGAAACAUGUCCCCGUUAAUUGUGCUCACGUUGGGAUUAAUUUUGGCUUUGCAGCAAGAGUCAGCGUCUGCGUAUCCGGCCGACUGCGUGUACGUGCAGGACCCUCAGACGGGCCAGCUGUAUCAGGCGUUCGACCUGUACGACCUGUACGAGGUCGACUGCGGCUCAGUGGCCAUCAACGGCGGCGCCGAGUCGAGCGGCGGCAACGGCUGCAACCAGGACUGCUACAACUAUCACGGCUGCGCGCAGUACGUCGAUUACGCGGGCACCCCCGGCUAUCCGGACUACUGCCUCAAGUGCUUCGACGUGUCGGCGGCGCUGCAGCCAGCUCCGGCGGUGUCGUCAGCCGUUACCGGCGCCAAGAGGUCCUGGAGGAGACUCUUCAACGGCAUUCGCGCCUCUCAACGAUUCCGUCACAGGAAAUGUUGAUUCGCUGGCUACACGAUUGUGAUUAAUUGUGUAUCGAGCACAUAUAAUUUGUACGAUGCAAAAUAAAAAGCUAACUGUUAUACAUCAAA